GGGGCGACACUUGCCUGCAUGUCCCGCACAGACAUGUGCACACGCCAGCAGGUCUGGCUCUGCUGCUUUCUCUUUUGCUUUUGGUCAGAGCCAGUACACGCCAUCACCUCCUUAUCUGUCAUCGGCCCCUCCGCCGCACCGUGGGGGAGCCCCGGCCGCCCCCAAUCAUACGCACGAGUGCCAGCGAGCUGUCACUUGUGCUUCGAGCCCAGAAGCUGCCUGAGACUUGGGGAGGAUCCCGCGUCUGGAGGGACCCUGAAGAGGGGCGAGCUGAGCAGUGAACCCACCAAGCCGUUCCCCAGCCCCUCGCAUGGGAACUGUUGGAAAUACGAUGCUGUGGCACCUGCUGCUGUUGGUGGCCGUACUUCCCCUGAGAGGUCUCCUACGCCGCAGCGUGAGCCCGGGUGGCCGCAGGACCGGUCAGGCUCUGCAGACCACCCCGACCUGCUCUGCUACCGCCGCUGCAACAGAUGCGAUCUCCACUGCUCCUGGACAGCUACGGCCCCCUUGGGCAAUGCCACCUACCGGUUCAAGUACUGCUAUCACAGCAUAAAGAACUACUGCACGGCCGUGGAGGCCAGUACCAUGCACUACACGCUUCCUUUCCGCAAGCUGUAUCUCCUGAAAAACUUCACGGCCUGGGCGGAGUUGGGCAGCGGUGACAGGACUUGGAGAACCAGGAACAUCACGCUGCAGCUGGAGAAUGCCAUCAAACUGGACCCUCCCCCCAGCAAGAUCAGCUUCUCCAAGGUCAACGGCACGCUGAGGCUGCAGCUGCCCCGGGCCGAGGAAAGGGCAGGCAAGGCUGUGGUGCUGCGGCGGGAGGUGCGGCACCGGCAGGGGAAGGACACCACAUGGACGCUGGUGGAGUGCGAGACGCAGGAGGACGACAACAAGGAGAGCAAGGAUGAGGCAGUGACCUGCGACCUGGGGCAGACAGCCGCCCUCGAGCUGCAGAUCCGGCACAAGACGCUGCACUGGAGCAGCACCUGGAGCGACUGGAGCCAAAUCAUCCUCGUCCCUGCAGAACUCGUUGAGAGGCCCAGGGCGAGUUACACGCUGGGAAGACUGGGCCAGAGUGGACGGAGGAACCUGACCCUGCAAUGGCAGAAAGCCAGCGAGGAGCAAGGCAACGUCACCUACACCGUGGCCGUCCGCAUGCUGACGUGUGGCUGCGGGGAGCCCGCGGCCAAGAUCACCCUCCAGGACGUGGUGGAGCUGAACCUGGCUCUCUCGGGGGCGGAGUACAGCAUCUCGCUGAGCGCGGCCAAUGCGGCUGGAUGCGGGCCCGCUUGGCCGCUCCACAUCCCGCCAGACCCGGACACAGAGAUCAGCUUCCUGGCUGUCAGCGCGGCCGGCACCAACACCACGGUGCAGUGGGCAGCAAAGGCCAACGGCACCUUCUACUGCAUUGAGAAGCAGCUACUGGGAGAUAAUAGGAGGCCUGCGGACUGCAUCCAGAAACCCUUCGUGGAGACGGGCACGUACACGGAGACAGGCGUGCUGGAACCCAGGCGGUGCUACCGGAUCGCCAUUCACGGACAGGGACCCGGGCGCAGCUGGGCCACGUUCGCUGCCACGUACCACUUCACGGGAACCGCAACCCUGGACGGGCUUCUCCACAUCACCGUCACCGAGGCCUCCGCCUCCCUGCAGUGGCAGGAGCUGCCCCUCGCCCGCUGCCCUGGCGCUCUCCAGAAGUACGUCGUGUGCUGCGCGGCCGAGCGGGAUAACAUCACCGCGUGUGAGUGCAGGGCCCUUCGCCGUCCCUCCCGCUGGGCACAACGCCGACGGCAGCCCACGGCCGGCCUCGGGCCGCUGGCGUCACUUGUGCCCCGCUGCACCAAGCGGAGAGGAAGGGGACAAAGGGGCAAAGCAGAGCGCAGGGCAAAGGGGAGCGAUGCGGAUCAUGAAGCAAACGCCUCGGUGACGCACUUCACGCUCCGGGGCCUGCAGCCCGGCACCUCGUACCGAGUGGGGAUUCAGGCCGUCACAGCCCGCGCAGCUAGGACCUGCCGGCCGCAGCACCUGUUCACAACCAAGGAGCUCGGCUCCCAGCUGUCGGCGGUGAAGGCCAACCUCUGGUUCCUGGCCAUCUUCGUGGUCGUCCCUGUCUCGGCCACACUCUACCACGUCACCAGGAAGAGGGCCAAGAGCCUGCUCUGCCCGCUGCUGCCCAAGCCAGGGAGCAGCGAAGCCGUCAAGUUCCCGGCUCCCGAGAUGAGUCAGGCGAAGCCACAGCCAGGCUUUCUGGAGCCCUCCGAAAACAUCGACCCCACAGAGCUGCUGGUGACCGAGCUGGUCUGGGACAAAGAGGUGCCCGAGGCGAGCGCGGAGACCUGCUCGCUGCUGCGCUGCACCGUGGCCGACGACCCGGCGGGGACGCCGCCGGCUGAGGAGGGGUGGGCGGGCGGCGAGGCCGAGCUGCCCUUUGAGUACCGGCAGCAGGAGCUCCUGCCCCGCAUGGGAGAGGCGCAGGGAGGCUGUGCCGGGGGCUGCGGUCGGGGGAGCCCUGGGGACGAGGUGCUGGGAAGGCGCUUGCACACGAACCAAGCCCCAGUCUCCUGCGGCUGUGUGGACACGGCUCAUUGA